CAGUCGACAGUUGCAGUCGAUUCCCGUAACGCAACGCACGGAGCUUUUGUUGUGGAAUAUUUUGAUCUGUCAUCACCAUUGUGUUGCCUUUUAGCCGUUGAUCUUCUUUGAUCAUCCGAAGUUAAGAUGACGACUGCACCUGCUACUACUGAACAGAAACCCAAGGUUGAUCUUGGUAUCCUGGAGGAGGAUGAUGAAUUUGAGGAAUUUCCUACUGAAGACUGGGCAGCUCGUGACGAGGAUGAAGAAGACAUCAGUGUGUGGGAGGACAAUUGGGACGAUGACAAUGUAGAAGAUGACUUCAGUCAGCAGUUAAGGGCUGAGUUGGAGAAACAAGGGCAGGUGUUGAAUGUGUAAUUGCCCAUUAACGAUUUAAGAGAACCUGGAAGGGAUUUUGUCAUUAUGUACCUGUGAGAAGGCAGUUCAUCUGCCAAAGCCCUUGUUUUAUAGACUUUAAAUGCUAAUAAAUUAAAAAAGAACUAA